AUGGAUAUAUUUUCUCUAGACUAUGACGAUAUCGUUACUGCCAUGUAUGCUUUGACUGCUGGUACUGGGGGUGACUCCUACCUAUGUGUGCCGCCCGACCCAGGUAUAGAGGCUGCUGCUCUAGGUGCUAGUGAGUCUGCUCUCUUUGGUACUGCGCCUGCUGAGGCCUUGCACACCUUCACGCUUGACUCAGGUGCUUCCCGCUGUUUCUUUCGCGACAGUACCGCACUCACACCGCUCCCUAGACCGGUUGCGGUCUCCCUGGCUGACCCCUCUGGGGGUCCGGUUCUUGCACGUUCCUCCACUGUGCUCCCAUGCCCGGCGGUUCCGUCCGGCUCGCUGUCAGGUCUCCACCUCCCCUCGUUCUCGACGAACCUGGUGAGUACCGCGGCUCUUCAGGAUGAGUGGGUUGAUACCUUUACCCCUGGAGGCCAGCUUGUGGCAAUCUGCACGUGCUCCCGGACAGGCCGUCACCUGGCCACAUUCACCCGUCGGCCUGGGUCGAGUCUGUACACACUGACUACUGAGCCUCCUCAGGUUGCUGCGUCUGGUCAGGUGGCCGCGUCAGGUCAGGUAGCUCCCCCCUGCGAAUGUCGUCACCUGUCGCACCAAACUCUCCUUUGGCACCACCGCCUUGGUCACCCCUCCCUGCCACGCCUUCGUGGCAUGCACUCCCGCCUCCUUGUCACUGGUCUUCCCAGGUCUCUUCCUUCCCUCCCACCCUCGCCUGCCCCGCCCUGCGUUCCUUGCGUCGAGGGGCGGCAGCGCGCCGCUCCUCACUCCUCCUCGUUUCCCCUGACGGCUGCUCCCCUGCAGACUCUCCACAUGGACGUGUGGGGCCCAGCCCGCGUCACUGGACUGGGCCGUUACACCACGGUCUUUCCCUUGCGCACCAAGGGUGAGGUCCCUGCUGUUUUGAUCCCUUGGAUCCGCGCUGUACGUCUCCAGCUCCGCGAGCGGUUCCGUACGGACCUUCCUGUCUUGCGUCUGCACUCUGACAGAGGUGGUGAGUUCUCCUCCGACCUCUUGCGGGACUUUUGUCAGGGGGAGGGCAUCCUCCAGUCGUUCAUGCUUCCGGCCUCUCCGCAGCAGAAUGGGGUCGCUGAGCGCCGCAUUGGCUUAGUCAUGGAGGUGGCUCAGACCUCGUCCACAUUGCAUUGGACGGGGGAGGUUGGCGAUGCGUCGCGGUUCUGGGUCUGGGGCUCUCGUGCCUUUGUCCGCGAUACCACCGCAGACAAGCUCUCCUCUCGCGCCAUUCCCUGCGUCUUCCUUGGCUUUCCCCCUAACGCGCCUGGCUGGCAGUUUUACCAACCCACCUCGCGCCAUGUCUUCCCCUCUCAAGACGUCACGUUUGACGAGUCGGGUCCUGCUCCUUCAGGUGUGUCUCAGGUAGACCCACUUCCCUUGGCUGAGCCUGUCGAGGUCACUGUUGCCUCAGGUGCUGCUGGGGGUGGUCCUGCUCGAGGUGCUACGUCUGAGUGCGCUGAGCGUGUGGGUGCGGAGCCUAGGGGUGCUGAGCCUGGGAGUGCUACGCCUGAGCCUGAGCGUGCGGAGCCUAGGAGUGCUGCGCCUGAGCGUGCGGAGCCUGGGGGUGCUGAGCCUAGGGGUGCUGAGUCUGGGGGCGCUGCGCCUGAGUGUACUGAGCCUAGGGGUUUUGAGCCUAGGUGUGCUGCUUCCGAGGGUGCUGAGCCGGGUGGUGCUGCUUCUGCUAGUGGCGCACCCGCCUUCGGAGUCGCGCACGAGCUGGAGGCACUGGAGCUGGAGGUGCUGGAGCUGGAGGCACUGGAGCUGGAGGCGCUGGAGCUGGAGGUGCUGGAGCUGGAGUACCUGGCGCUGGAGGCGCUGGAGCUGGAUGUAUUGGAGCUGGAGGUGCUGGAGCUGGAGGCACUGGAGCUGGAGGCACUGGAGCUGGAGGCCCUGGAGCUGGAGGUACUGGCACUAGAGGUGCUGGAGCUGGAGGUCCAGACGCAAGAGGCACAGGAGCUGGAGGCACUGGAGCUGGAGGCUCUGACGCUGGAGCUACUGGAGCUAAAGGAGCUGGAGGCAGUGGAGCUGGAGGUGCUGGAGUUGGAGGCACAAGAGUUGGAGGUGCUGGAGCUGGAGGUGCUGGAGCUGGAGGUGCUGGAGCUGGAGGCGCUAGAGCUGGAGGUAGUGGAGCUGGAGGUGGUGGAGCUGGCUGCACUGGAGCUGGAGGCGCUGGCGCUGGAGGCGCUGGAGCUGGAGUUCCUGACGCUGGAGGUGCUGGAGCUGGAGGCACUGGAGCUGGAGGCGCUGGAGCUGGAGCUACUGGAGCUGGAGGCACUAGAUUUGGAGGCGCCGAAGCUGGAGGCACUGGCGCUAGAGCUAUUGGAGCUGAAGGUGCUGGCGCUGGAGGCUCUGGCGCUCGAGGCCCUGUGCAGCAGCGACCGUUUUUCUUGCCGCCGCCGCCGCUGUCAGAGCUUUUGCCCGAGUUGGCGCUCCGCCAGGUUCUUGGUCUUCCUUCGUCCACUGCCCUUCCUCAAGACUUACCGCUGCCUGCCCCGUCUCGUUACACUGAGCAGCCGGUCUCCCUUACAGAGCGUCCGAGUCCCCCUGCCGUCUCCUCCUGCCUCCUCUCUCCUUGUCUUUCUGGACCCUGAGUCUACCCGUGUUCGUGCUGCCACCCCUACUGAAACCCGCCUCCUGGCUACUGUUGUCACUGACCCGUCGUUUGAGUCUACUGCUGCGUCUGCCUUAGUUGCUGAGCUUGUGGACUUUGCUGCUGCGUGUCGUCUAGACUACGCCGCUAGUCUUGUUGCUGAGUCUGAGUGUGUCUGUCCUCCGUCCGUCGGGGGUGAGUUUGCUCUUGGCACGGACGUCCUUGAGGAUAGGCAGGAGGACUUUGACUCUCUUGCGACUGCUGUACCUCAUCUCGUGGCCUGGCUGCUUGCACCUGAGGGAGACCCGGAUGCACUAGACAUCCCGACCCCGCGCUCUUACGCAGAGGCACUUUCGGGUCCUUACUUGUCUCAGUGGCAGACAGCCAUGGACGCAGAGAUGGCAUCCUGGAAGUCCACAGGCACCUACGUCAACGAGGUUCCCCCUCCUGGGGCGAACAUAGUCGAUGGCAUGUGGAUUUUCAGGCGUGACUACGAGCUUCACUCUCUUGACUUCAGCACAGUGUUCUUACAUGGCACCCUGCACGAGGAGAUCUGGCUGCGCCGCCCACCUGGCUUCACUGGGUCAUUCCCUCCUGGUACCCAGUGGAGCCUCCGGCAGCCAGUCUACGGUCUCCGCCAGGCGCCUCGUGAGUGGCACGACACACUGAGGACGACACUUGCGGCACUUGGGUUUGCUCCUUCGACUGCUGACCCGUCGCUGUUUCUCCGCACCGACACUUCGCUGCCGCCGUUCUACAUCCUCGUGUAUGUCGACGACUUGGUUUUUACCACUGCUGACACUGAGGCACUCGCCCUUGUGAAGUCAGAGCUGCAGAAGAGACACACGUGCACAGACGUGGGUGAGUUGCGCAGUUACAUCGGCUUGCAGAUCACCCGGGACAGAGCACGCCGCACCAUUACCCUGACUCAGUCACACAUGGUGCAGCAGGUCCUUCAGCGCUUCGGCUUCCAGUUCUCCUCACCACAGUCCACUCCUCUGCCUACCGGUCACUCGCUCUCAGCUCCACCUUCGGACAAGUCCGUAGAGCCGAGUGGCCCGUACCGAAAGCUUGUGGGCUGCCUCAUAUACCUGAUGACUUGCACUUGA